AUGACCACUAGCACACCAGUCCGCCAAGUAUAUAUUGGCAACUGGGUGACAGACUUGGUACAAUACAUUCUCGAUCAUGACGCCAACAGAACAGUUUUAGUCGUCUGUUCAACUCGAGAUGUUUUUCUCAAGCAGUUGCUCGCCAUCACGCGCGCUCAUUCAAGCGAAACUGCAGAGAGCCACCCAAUCCUUACAAAAACUAUUGGACUACUCUCAGAUUCAAGCAGAAUCAAGCUCGUCUACUGCCCGACAUUAGAGAAUCUUCGAGCUUAUCUCGCUGUGCUACCUUCAUCUGGUGAUCUCAUGCAAGGGCCUGUCGCCGAAAAACAAAAGACACAGAAGCCUUUAAUGGCCAUUCUUGACUUAGUAGCUUUGCACCUGCAAACUUCAGAGUUCUCUGCGCAGGGGUUAUCCAGGACUUUUGCGACCACCGUUGAGGCUGCCUCAAGAGAGGGAAUGGAUCUUGUGCUUUGCGAAUGCCAAAAUGCUUCAAACCAUGAGGAUGAACGGGGCGAGAUAUUAUGGUACACUAAUGUCCCGUUGCUUAACAGUUCAGUGCGACGGGGGGGACGUGCUUGGCUCGGACGGAGUGUGCCUGUCAACAGGGUCGCCCAACGAUGGUUCGAAUUUAUCGAAUCAAGCCAACCUGCCCCAGAUACCACGCUUAUAUGA